UAAGUAUCCAGUUUACAUUGACUGAAUAGAAUGCUGAAAAAAAUUAAAUGAUGUGCUCUGUACUUUAUGGAAUUAAUUAAUUAAUUUAAUGCUAGAGCUAAAAGAAUGAAUCAUCUGUCCGAUUUAAUUUGGAUUUUUAAAUGUUUAUGGAAUUAUUAUCAGUUAAAUAACCUUGUGAGAAAUUUGGCCGACCUGACCCCAAAACUUUAUGGAAGAUAUCACUGCACACGUUACUUCUCUUGUGUAGUUUUGAUAAAACGAUAGACUAAAUCUGACGGAGUAUUUUCAAUGAUAGACACUUUGACAAAUUUCCAAAGUUUUUCCAAACUUUGCUCUAUCAAUUCCAAUUUUUCUUUAUAAAUUAUUAUUAGUUUUGAAUUUUAAGAAGAUUUCGAGUUUUUGACCUGCAACAUGCGUUCAGUACCAGUACACGUUUGCUGCAUGCUCUUUUUGGUAUUUCGCUUAGAAAAUGCUCAUUGCCACGGUAAUCAUCGCCACCAUUCGGGCAUUCCGCCAACAAGAAGUAAUAAAAUGUCUCAUUCUGAUCAUGAUCUUCAGCACAAUCAAACCGGAGAUAUUCCGGAUCACAGAUUUUUCCUGACAGAGUUAUUUAGUAAAUAUGGUUACAAUGGAGUCAUGACCUUUGAAGGAUUUGAACAUCUUCUAGAGAAUCUAAAUCUCGGUGGAAUUAUCAUUAAAGAUCAUGAUUUAUCGUCCCACCGAGAAGAGGAUAACGGAUUUAAGAAUAAUCAUCCUCAUCACGAACAUACGCCGUCACUAAAAUCAGAACAUGAAGAAGGAAGUACUGCUUUUCCAGAAUUAAUGAAUCAAGAUGAUCAUAUGUCUCAUAAUGACCAUAAUCAUCAUCAUCAUGAAGAUCACGAAUCAACAGAAACGGAUCAAAAUAAACUGAACAAUUCUGGAGCUGGAAUUUGGCACUAUAUGCCAGAAUUUAUAAAUAUAACAUCAUUAUUUCAACAGCACCAUGAAUUUGCUAAUCAGGAUAAUAAUGUGGUUGUAGUUCGGGAGCAAGGCUGCUUGAGUGCCUCUGAAAUAUUGAAAACUUUUAACAUCCACAAUAAGAUAUCGCCGAUGGGUUUUCUCCAUCUCUGUCCAGCAAUUAUCUACGAAUUAGAUCAGAGGCAUUGUAUAGAAAUAUCAUCUUACUAUAGCACAAACAAUAUGCAUCUAGCAGCAUCCACGACGGAUGUAUGGCUCUAUUCUUCUUUGGCCGUUAUUGUAAUCAGUUUGUGUGGUUUAUUGAGUGUGGCAGUUAUACCAAUCAUGCAAAAGGUCUUCUACCAAACACUAUUACAGUUUUUAGUUGGUUUGGCUAUUGGAAGUCUAUCGGGAGAUGCUCUCUUGCAUCUUCUUCCUCACGCUAUGACCGUUGCGGACGAACAUAGCCAUGGUGAGGAAGCCAGCAACGAAGAAGAAGCAAUGGUGUUUAGAGGGUUAGUGGCAUUGGGUGGUGUUUAUUUUUUCUUUCUGGCUGAAAGAUUAUUAAAUUCUUUUGCUUCAUUUCGUCAGAAGAGGAAGGCAAAGCGAAUACAUCUUCAAUUAGAAACGCACGAUAGAAAACCAGAAAUUAAUAUUGGAGAGAAAUUAUCCGAUUAUAGAAGAAGUUCCUACAGAAAUAGCUCUGAAGAUAAAGAAGUACUUCAAAUGUUGAACGAAACGUCUAUGGAUGAACAAUAUGAAAAACUACAAAAGUCGACAUAUACUAUCCCUAUUCAUCAAUUACCUCAACAAUUACAAAAUGGCGACAAAAAAAUGGAAGAUUGCCAUAGAGAAACUGUAGUUUUCGGACAUUCUGACAGUGAUCAUAGCUUCGUAAUUCAAGUAUCCGAUCAUCAACAUGGCCAUAGUCAUCAAUUACCAUCCUCUAUAACAGCUGUAGCACUGAUGGUAAUUAUGGGAGAUGGUUUACAUAAUUUCUGCGAUGGUUUAGCAAUAGGAGCCGCUUUCUCUGCUGGGAUUUCGGGCGGUUUCAGUACUACUGUAGCAGUCUUCUGUCACGAAUUACCUCAUGAACUCGGUGAUUUCGCCAUGUUAUUGAAGACUGGUAUGUCGGCUAAACAGGCUUUAUUUUAUAACGUGGUAUCAUCUGUGUUAUGCUUCAUCGGAAUGGCUAUAGGAAUAGCUUUAGGCAAUCUGACAUCGGCCACAAAAUGGAUUUUUGCAGCAACAGCAGGAAUGUUCAUAUACAUAGCAUUAGUAGAUAUGAUACCAGAAUUAGAAACGUCAAAAAAUAGCCUCCGAAGAUUAGCCAUACAGUUCCUGGGUAUAUCAAUCGGUAUUUCUAUUAUGUUACUAAUAGCAAUUUAUGAGCAUGAUUUAAAACUUAUUAUGAACUAAAACUAUAGUUUUUAACUAAAACAAAAAGAAGAGAACAUAACCUUGAAUUAAAACUACGAAUUCCAUAAAGUGUACUUCAAAUAUUUAGUAUAUAAGUCAGCCACAAAUUAUACAUAUAUAUAUAUACAAGUAUCUAACCCAGAUAUUAUAUAUUAUAUAAUACUGUAUGGGAUAUAGGCUUUAAUUGAUGAAUUGUUAUCGGUUUUUAACAUCUGUACUUGUAACUAUAUUAUUUUUAUACACGAUACAAUUUUUUUUUUUUUUUUAUA